AUGUUUGUAGAACAACGGAUAGUAACUCUGUUUAAAAGGAACGCUCACCACACCUUGACUUACUGGAGUGUUUUUUUCAGUUUUGGACUGUGCAUUGCCUUUCUUGGACCUACUAUUCUAGACUUGAAAUGUCAAACCAACUCCACGCUGAGCCAGAUUACCUGGGUGUUCUUCUCCCAACAGUUCUGCUUGUUGAUCGGCAGCACGGUCGGCGGAAUCUUUAAGAGGACGUUGUUCUCUGCUCUGUCGGCUUUAUUUGUCUCCGCUCUCUUCAUCUCUGUGAUAUUUGCCAUCAUCCCGCUGUGCAAUAAUGUCCUGGUGUUGGCCAUCGCCAUGGCUGUCUCUGGUUUGGCCAUGGGAAUUAUUGACACCAUUGCAAACAUCCAGCUGGUCACCAUAUAUCAGAAGGACUCAGCUGUUUUCUUACAGGCUCUUCAUUUCUUCAUUGGCUUCGGAGCCCUAGUGAGCCCUCUGAUUGCAGAUCCUUUCCUCUCAGAGCACGGCUGUGGGAAUCACACUGAGAACGGGACAGAGAUGAUGCAUCACUUCAGGAACCUGCUGAGAAACAGUCCCAUUGCAGCGCAAAACAUCAAUCAGAGUCACUUGCCCCAUGGGGGAGGAGAAGAAGAGUCCAUUGUGCACUAUGCCUUCUGGAUCAUGGCACUUAUAAAUCUGCCUGUGCCUAUCAUUGUCCUUUUCCUGAUGUAUCGGGAGCAGCUGAUCCCGUGCUGUCCCAGGAGCACUCCUCGUCUCCUGGACAAAGAUGAACUGGCCAUGGAAAACCAGCAGGGAGCUGAGGGCACAGAAGUGGAACAGGCAGCCCAUGAAGGUGGAGGUCAUGGGGAUAUCUUUAGCUGCUGUCAGAAUGAUAACCUGCGGGGGCUGCCAGUAUCCUUCUUCAUGAUCCACAUCCUUGGUGGUAUGGUGCUCUUCAUGACGGAUGGCAUUGUGGGCGCAUAUGCCGGUUUUGUGUAUGCGUAUGCUGUUGCACCGCCGAUAUCUCUGUCCCAUAAGACAGCAGGCUACCUGCCCAGCAUUUUUUGGGCAGCAAUCACUGCAGGCAGACUGCUGUCCAUCCCUCUGACGUAUCGCUUCCCAGUUGUGAGGCUGCUCAUGUUUAACCUGGUCGGCGCUAUUGUCACUGUGCUGCUGCUACUUAUCUUAUACACCAGCAGCACCUUUCUCUUUGUUGGUACCGGUUUGUGCGGGUUUUUCCUGAGCAGCAUCUUCCCGUGCAUGCUCGCCUACACUGAAGACAUCCUCAGUUACCAGGGAUGUGCCACCACAAUUCUGGUGACAAGUGCCGGGAUGGGCGAGAUGGUAAUGCAGGUUCUGGUUGGCUCGAUUAUCCAGACGGAGGGCAGUUAUAGCUUUCUUCUGUGUGGAGUGAUUAUCGCCUGCAUUGGUUUAAUGGUUUUCAUCGGCCUGUUUUUCUUUGCUCGAAUGCACACAAACUACCUCACAGCAGGAACGACAAAGAAGUCCGCUAUGGUGGAGGAAGAAACGCCCGAACAAAAUGGAUCGGCCAAAGUUGAGCCCGAAAAAGAGGCAGGGAAGAGCUGAGAGACGUUUUUUUUGGUUAUGAUAUCUCGAGC